GUCGACAACGAAAAAAAUGCUGCUCGAAGUGGACGACUUUAUUCGAUGCUGCCAAGUAUUCCUUGUGCAGGGAAGUGCAGGGUCAGUGGAGCAAAAGGCUGCGCAUGAUCAUCUGCUUCUCUUCCAGCAAGUGCCUACAGCAUGGCGCGUGGCGCUGCAAGUACUGUGUGAAUCGGCUGGCGGGAACACAACGCCGGAAGCAGCAUUGUUCAUUUCCGCUCAGCUCGUCCGCCAUUCGGUACCUCGAUUGGAAGAACACGACCAAAUCCAAGUGCGUGACCAUCUCUUGCGUUAUCUCCAGCACAGCACGGCCCCAGGCGUUCGACGCUCCAGCAACAUCACUCCCGUGGACCGUUUGGUGUGUCUCGGGUUGGCCAGUUCUGUCGUGCACAUCAAGUCUGGCUGGUCUGCCUGGAAACAGCUGCUUCAAGAUGCGUUGUUGGGCAAUUCUGCCGCUUCCAGUGUAGGGUUGCAGCUGUUGCUGGAGGUCUUGGCUGGGAUUCCGGGCGAGCUCUACAGCGCGUGCAGUACCGCAGCCCUUCACGGGCUCGACGUAGCGCCCCAUCUUCACAGCAUGGUCCAGCAGUUUCAAUCGCAAAAGCUCCACGUCAUACAACUGGUGCUGGACACUUUGCGCUCAAUGCCGGACGCCGCGACGGCCGCGCUGGUCGUGCUUCAAAACUGGGGCCACGAUACCAUGCCGUUGCUGUGUGUCGAGUUUGGAUUGCACUGUUUGGACCUGAACGACGGAGGUCUCAUGGGACCGUUGAUGGACUUUGUCGUAUCGGUGGAGAAACCAGACUUAUCUCAAUUGGCAGCAGAAAUCAUAUGCGACGCGUUUGCUGCCUCGACUUUGUCGUGUACUACAGCGUCCAAAAUGGACGGGGCGAGGGCGGCAGCUGUGCUUGUCGUGCGCGUAGCCAAGCAGAUUCUGUCGACACACGCAACGUUGGCGGUGUUGGUGGGCUCCAACGACCCCGACGACGAAGACGCGCGGAUGGUCGUGGCGCGAAGUCUGGCCAAGAUUGCGUCGACGGUGGCUUGCGGGGGGUCGCACUGUCUGUUUGCAGGCGGGUGGUGCCUCGACGUUCGUCGGGCGGAAGGAUGCAGUGACUCGUUCGGCUUGGAGUACCUGCAAUACCUGGUCGUGUGCAGUUCGUUCCCGGUGCCGUCGGUGGUGGAGCCGACGCUCGAGUUCUGGUACGCCGUCUUGGACAUGCACCGGCGGUGGAAGGAUGCCGUGGACGCCAGCGACUGGGACGCGUUUGUCACAUCGGCGCUUCCGACUAUCCAGCAGGUGGUGGGGCUGCUCCUGCAGCGGUGCCAGUUCCCAGUGCACUUUAUCGAGCUGAAUCAAAUCCAGUCCGACCAUCCCGACGUCGACGACGUUCGCGAUCUGCGCCGGGACAUUGCGGACGCGCUCCUUAGCUUGUUUUCCAACUGGCCAUCUAGUAGUACCCAUCACCACCCGAGCCAGCAAGGGUCGUUUGUGUGCCUUACCCACGUCGUGCAAAUGCUGCAAGCGGCCACCGCCACGCAUGAACUGGACGCGCUGCUGUUUGUGCUCGACUAUAUGGUCGAGCUGUUCGACUUGGACGAUUUAGAUCCGGCAGACCCCAUGUACUCGGCGGUUCUGCAGGUGUGGCAGACGGCAGUUCAUGAGUUUGGACGGUUCCCGGAUCAUGCGUUGCUCAUGCACGGCACCGCGAGACUCAUCAGCUCCGUGGUCGUUCCGAUGCAAUUCGCCGCCCCUUCGUACGUGACGAUGGCCACAGUGCUCACAAAGGGACUGCACUACCCCGUCGUAUGCCACAGCAGUGCCAAAGCCCUGCUCAAAAUGAGCUCCACCCUCGUCAAACGCAAGGUAGGAUUGGCGGUGCGGGGGGACUGUAUCCAGGUGCUUCUGGCGACGAUCAACCAAGACGCGGUUCAUCAGACCCUCCAAGCCCAGCAAGUCGCGUACGGCGACGUGUUUGAAGCUCUGAUGCGACUGGGCCACAACUUUCCCGACGCCGACUAUGUUCUGUUGGUCAACUGCGCGUUCCCGCGACUGGUGGCGUCGUUGCAGUCGAUGGGUCCGACGAGCAACCCUCUAGAGGUCGCGCACGUCCUGUACGUGCUCGCGCGGGGUUUGCGGGGCAUCCAGAACCUGCCGAUCCGCGAUGCGUUUCUGGCCCAAGAAUGGCCGCUUGUGGCGACGAUUGUGGCCCUUCACGGCGGCCACCCUAAGGUCCGCGAGCACGCCGUCGACUUGUUUGUGGCGGUGGUUCCGUCCACGGCCAACCCCGACACGCUCGUUGCCAUGGCGCGCCUCUGCCUCCACUGGCACGACCAGCACGCGGCGCCGCACGCGCUGUCAUGCUUGGGCGUGUUGGCAGCGUCGCACCCGGCAUUGCACCCGCAGGUCCUCGACUUCCUCGUCGUGGCAUUCCGGUCGUUUUGUGUGAAAUUCAACUACGUGCCCAACGGGUCGUCGUCGUCGCGCGUGGCCCUGCUGCAGCGGUUUCAGCACCCGCCAGAAGAUUUGGCGUUAGAAGCGACCCAGUUUUUUCUUCUCUUGCGAGAAGUGCUGCGCAGUGCGCCGGCGCUGCUGCUUGGCCACACGACGUCGUCGCAGCUGCUCGUGGAGGUGCUUCAGUUCUGCUGCGACGUGGUAGCUGUGGACCACAAGCUCCCCGACGUGACCGACGCCGUCUGCGCCUUCUUCAGCGACGUCCUCGCGCUGGAGUACGACAGCGGCGGCGGCGGCCUCUUGCAGCGAAUGGCCGUAGCAUGGGUCCAGUCCUUGCUCGUGUUUGUUGCCAUGAGCACCAUCUCCACCAAGACUCGGUGUGUCUCCAAUGUGUUUCACCAAGCGCUGCAUGCCGGUCCAGUCGACAGCACCCUGCGAGAUGCGUUCGGGGCUGCGUUGCACCAAGUGCUCGUGCAUGGGCAACUGUUUGAGCAACGGAUGACAGCGGCCGACGCGCAAGUGCUCGCUCAAUCCAUGCUCCAACUCAAAGAUCGCCGCAAGUUUCAAGUGUUUCUGAAUACCACGUCCAUGUACUUGCAAGGGUACGGCCCGCCGCCGUGGACGGCCACGUCGCCCGUGCUGAGCCCCCGCGGAGCCACGAUCCCGUCCUUCCUCGACGUAUUGCACUAACAUUCUGGAGAAAAGCCAUCGUAGUAUAACGUUAGCGACAAGACAGACACCAAGGCCAUUGAAAAUACUAUUUUUUACUUAUUUGUGCUCAAGAGAAAACAAGAUCAUUCAUUUCACAAGGACUACUUAUGGACUGA